GAACCACAAGGAUUCACAGUCAAUCACUGUUCGAAAUGGCUCCAUCUGUCUCCGUCUACCAUGGGGCUGCUCCUAUUUAUGUAAUAUGGCGAGUUAUGAUGGCCAAUCGCAUGCCGAUUAUGGACUGCGACGAAGUCUAUAAUUAUUGGGAACCCCUGCACUUUAUUCUCUACGGAUCGGGUCAACAAACGUGGGAGUACGCGCACGAAUACGCGCUGCGAACGUACGCCUACGUGGUUCCGUUGCAAUGGCUUGCCCCGGUUCUCAGUCGAUUUGUGUCGCCCUACGCAUGGUUGUUAUCGGAUUACGUUGUUGAUACCACCCUUGAUACCAGCAAACUAUCCUUGUUUCUUUCGUUUCGGGCUUUUCUUGCAGGUACCAUGGCGCUUUGCGAACUGGCUUGGCUCUACGCAUUGCACUCCCGACUCUCCAAAGACAGUUCGCUUGUUGUAGGCUGGACGGGAGUGCUGUUGUUGACUGCUGCAGGCAUGAACCACGCCGCCGGAGCAUACUUACCAAGCUCGACCUUUAUGAUGGCGUGGCUCGCUGCGAGUGCGGUUUUUCUGUUGGAACGUCAUUUUUUAUUCGCAGCAAUUGCGAUUAUAUGCACACUUUCAACUGGAUGGCCCUUUGGAGUCGUUGUGCUCGUGCCCUUGGGCAUUCGUGUUCUAAGAAAGGAAUACAGAGCACGUGGCGUGUGGAGGUUGUUGCUCUGGAGCGUUGGCGUUACGGCUGCGGUCGAAGCUGCCGUCUUGAUGAUCGACCACAAAUUUUACGGGGUGUGGCUAUCUCCGACGUGGAACAUAUUCAAGUACAACGCCGCGGGAGGCGGCGACGAACUCUACGGAAUUGAACCAACAUCCUACUACAUCAAAAAUCUGUUUCUGAAUCUGAACCUCCUAGCCCCGAUGGGUAUCAUCGGCCUUCCCGUUCUCGUCUUUUCGCGAAAUCAACCUGCCAAAGCAGACCUAGUGACAAUGAUAGUCACGCUCUACACAUGGCUUGCUAUUACUGUCCCUCGUCCGCACAAAGAAGAACGGUUCUUGUUCCCAAUUUAUCCGGUGCUGGUACUAUCUUCUGUUUUGACGGUUGACCACACUCUCAAUUUCAUUGGCCGAAUUGUUGCGGGAUUUUCUCGUCACAAGACUCUCGUGCGUAACCAGCGGAUAGCUUUGCACUGCCUCGUAUGGCUUCCCGUCGUCGCGAUGAGUUUGUGUCGCGUGGCUGCCUUACACAAGUAUUAUACAGCUCCGUUGCAAGUGUAUGCAGCACUAGUUUCCAGAAUGGACCCACUCUCCAACCAACUGGUCUGUAGCUGUGGUGAAUGGUAUCGAUUUCCGAGCUCAUUCUAUUUACCAAAGAACCAUGACCUCGGCUUUCUCCCUUCGUCCUUCGGUGGGCAGCUACCACAAGCAUUUUCUGUACACGGAUCGCUACCUAAAAGUCUGAAUCUUUUGCAGCCUUUCAACGAUCAAAACCAGCAAGAAAUGUCGCGGUACGCUACCUUGGAUCAGUGCAAUUAUAUUGUGGAUCUAGAAGGAAGCGAUUGUGCUCCUUCCGGCGCCGAGGUCGUUGCUCGUGCUCCGUUUUUGGAUGGUGGACGAUCCUCAAUGAUUCAUCGUAUGUGGUACCUUCCGAUAUUGCACGAUGCCGCCAUCAAAUCCGGGAGCGUGCAAUACGAACACUAUGUUUUGUACAAGACUUGAGGCUGUUAUUGAACGCGACGACUUAUAUUACGGAACGAGUUUCUUUUCCAAGUAGGUCAAAGCUAUUUCAAAUUGCCUGAUUCCUUUUAUGCUAUUAAUACGCACGGCACGCUUUUUCCUUUCUCUCACUCAAACGAUCCGAACGCAUCGCACACUUUCCACACUUGAGCUUGGAGCCUAAUGUGGAAUGGUAUCCAAUGCUUUUGUUAAACCUUCGGCAGCGUCUGAAAACACGUAGGCAUUACAAGAUUUUUAAAGCGCUUCGCACACGAGAAUUAUUCCUAUCAGGAAAGGGUUUAUUCAAUUGGCACGACUUCCCUAGCGAGAUCUUUGAGGGAAGUCAUAUCUGUCUCGUACAAAUGUACUUUCGGUUCUGUUUUGUUGUCGAGUACAUCUUCUUGGUACAAACCGACCACACGAACGCCCUUGGUCAUUCCAGGAACCAGAGUAAUCAUUAACUUGUGUAGUGAUGGUACGGGACGUUUUUCCUCUUUUGCCUUUUCGAUCUCAAACUGUUCGUCGUAAUCAGCAUACCCCAGGACUAAACCGUCUUGGUCCACUGCGUAGGCUACUUUCAAGCUCAUUCCAUCCUUCGUUACCGGUAUUAUGCUCGACGUGUUCACAAUGAAGGGCUUCUUCUCUAAGAUAACAAAUCGUUUCCAGUAGGGAACGAACUUGUCCAACGACCUCCACCCAGCGACGUCUUCAAUAGCCUUUUUAAAUGAACCUUCGUCCUUCAAAAAAUCAAACCACUCCUUCCAAUCAUUUUUCGAAUUCAAGGCUUUUGUUUCACUGAAACGGAAAUCAAUUUGAAUAUUGCGUACGUUGACUUGAUUGACAUCAAGAGCGAUAAGGACAUAAAGCUCGGCAUUCUCC